AUGUUCAGAGGCAGUGUAAGACUUGCGAUCAAUCGGGCUACCAUUGCUCGUGCCGUGUGCUCCCGCCCUUCAGCGGUGGCAGGUACCCGUUUUUUCGCCUCAUCUCGCGCGUAUGAAGCGGCAGCAAAUGCUUCCACUAAGGUAGCUAACACGUCCUCAGACAAUUAUGCCACUGUCUACGUGCCUAAGGCCGGUCUUGACCCUCUAGACACAUUUGCUCGUCGUCACAUAGGCCCAACCCCCGAAAAUGUGGCCCAGAUGUUGAAGGAAAUGGGAUAUAGCGAUCUCGAUGAGUUUCUCUCUCAGGCCAUUCCUCCUCACGUGCUUCUCAAGCGUAAACUCCAGGUAUCUCCAGCUAAGGGCUUCACGGAGCUGGAAAUGUUGGACCAUUUACAUGAGCUUGCCGGCAAGAACAAGAUCGUUCGGUCUUUUAUUGGUAAAGGUUACGCUGGUACUCACGUUCCGCCAGUGAUCCAACGAAACUUGUUGGAAUCACCCGAAUGGUACACCUCCUACACGCCAUACCAACCAGAAAUCAGUCAGGGCCGUUUAGAGAGUUUGUUGAACUACCAGACCAUGAUCACUUCGCUCACAGGUUUGGAUAUCGCCAAUGCCUCUCUUUUGGACGAAGGUACUGCUGCCGGUGAGGCCAUGGCCUUGUCCUUCCACAGUUUACGUGGUAAGCGUACUCAGUACGUGGUGGAUAUCAAUUUGCAUCCACAAACAAAAGAGGUGAUUCGGUCGCGUGCUGGUAAUAUCGGAGUGGAGAUUCUUGAACUUAAUCUCGCUUCCGAGGAAGGUGUUGCUGAACUUGAAACCAUUGCCAGCAAGGUUUGUGGGGCCCUUGUGCAAUAUCCUGCCACCGACGGGUCUAUCAAUGACUACUCUCGGAUUGGUGAUAUAGUCCAUGCUCAAAAGGGGUUGUUUGCAGUGGCUACUGACUUGUUGGCCUUGACAUUACUCAAACCACCUUCGAGCUUUGGGGCUGAUAUUGCCUUGGGAAACUCCCAACGGUUCGGGGUUCCCUUUGGCUACGGAGGUCCUCAUGCGGCAUUCUUCUCCACUACUAAUAAAUAUUCUCGUAAGAUCCCGGGACGAAUCAUUGGUGUUUCGAAGGAUCGGUUGGGAAACAAGGCCUUACGGUUGGCUUUACAAACACGUGAGCAACAUAUCAAGCGUGAAAAGGCCACUUCCAACAUCUGUACGGCUCAAGCUUUGUUGGCCAAUAUGGCUGCUAUGUAUGCGGUUUAUCAUGGACCUGAUGGGCUUCGUCGGAUUGCUGGCCGGGUCUACGGUUACACCAAGAUUUUGUCACAAAACCUUGGGGCCCAUACGCUCGAAAACACCAGCUUUUUUGAUACUUUAACCAUCAAACUUGAAGGUACUACUGCCGAUGAAGUACUUGCAUUGGCCUUGAACCAAUACGGAAUCAACUUAUUCAAGGUGAAUGAUUUGACGGUUUCGGUCACUUUGGACGAAACUGUCACCAGAGAAGACUUGGGUGCAUUGGUCCAAAUCUUUGGUGGUGACGCGGGUGUGAGUACUUUGGAAGAACUCCCUGAAUUCCCUCAACAAUGGACUCGUACCGACGAGAUCUUGACUCAUCCUGUGUUCAACACGCACCAUUCAGAAACUGCCAUGUUGAGGUACUUGCACUUGUUACAAUCCAAAGACUUAUCAUUGGCUAACUCAAUGAUUCCUUUGGGUUCUUGUACCAUGAAGUUGAAUGCCACGGUGGAAAUGUCCACUUUGUCGAUGCCAGGAUUCACUGCUCUUCACCCAUUUGCUCCGGCUGACCAGGCUGAAGGUUACCGUGAACUUGUGGCUGAAUUUGAAAAAGAUUUGAAUGAUAUCACUGGAUUUGAUGCUACCACUUUGAUGCCAAACUCGGGUGCUCAAGGUGAAUAUACUGGUUUACUGUUGAUCAGACAAUAUCACCAGUCCCGUGGUGACCAUGAAUCGCGAAACAUAUGUCUUAUCCCUGUGUCGGCGCACGGUACCAACCCAGCUUCUGCUGCUAUGUGUGGAUUAAAAGUUGUUCCAGUCAAGUGUUUGGAAAAUGGUUCAAUUGACCUUGAAGACUUGAAACAAAAGGCUGAAUUACACAGCCAAAACUUAUGCUCGAUCAUGAUCACGUAUCCUUCAACGUAUGGUUUGUUUGAACCUGGUAUCAAAUCGGCCAUCGACAUUGUCCAUGAAAAUGGGGGGUUGGUGUACCUUGAUGGAGCCAACAUGAAUGCACAAGUGGGAUUGACUUCUCCUGGAGAUUUGGGAGCGGAUGUAUGUCACUUGAACAUCCACAAAACCUUUGCUUUGAGUCACGGUGGUGGUGGUCCUGGUCAAGCUCCGGUAUGUGUCAAGGAACACUUGAAGCCCUUUUUACCUCAUCACACACUUGUUUCUACUCCUCAUGCCACUUCUGAAUCCAUUAAAGCUGUUAAUUCUGCGCCAUUUGGAUCUGCGGCUGUUCUUCCAGUGUCAUACGCUUAUAUUAAGAUGUUGGGAGCCAACCUGUUGCCAUACACCUCUGCCAUCGCCAUGUUAAAUGCCAAUUACAUGAUGAAAAAAUUACAGGCCCACUACAAGAUUCUUUUCAUGGAUUUUGCAGCCAUUAAGCACUGUGCACAUGAAUUCAUUUUGGACUUACGUGAGUUCAAAACCUUCGGAGUCGAAGCCAUCGACGUGGCUAAGAGAUUACAAGAUUAUGGAUUCCAUGCCCCAACCAUGUCUUUCCCGGUGGCUGGUACUUUAAUGAUUGAGCCUACUGAAUCUGAAAAUCUCGAGGAAAUCGACCGGUUUAUAGACUCAUUGGUGGCUAUCCGGGGCGAAAUCAAAGCCUACGAAAAUGGGGAUCCUCUUGGCCAAGUGUUGAAGAAUGCUCCUCAUUCAUUGGCCGAUGUGGUUUCAACUCCACAAGAAGAUUGGGCCUCUAGAGGAUACACUCGUGAGCAGGCUGCAUACCCACUUCCAUUUUUGAAGCAAGCUAAAUGCUGGCCCACCGUGGCUCGUGUGGAUGAUGCAUACGGGGACAUAAACUUGAUGUGUACGUGUCCAUCUGUUGAGGAGGUUGCCGAGUCGUCUUAA